AUCUCGCCCGUCCUCUUUUAUCCACCGCACUGUCACUCUCCGCCGAUUCUAAAAACCCUAAUCCCGCCUUCUGCGACGCUCACUGCCUCAAAACCCUAAUCCCGGUGAUCCCGCCGCUGUGGCAUCUACGAUUACGCGCCGAUGGCUGCUCCUGGAUCGCCGCUCCCCGUCAUUCCGCUCCUUGUGCCGUAGACGGUAUAUUAGAUUCGAGUACAGCGCAUUGUGAUCUCUCGUGGAGUAGGUUUUUCCGCAGACUCAUACCCUGGCGUCGGAGAGCGGCACCACGCUGCCAGCCGCGGCGGCCGUUGCGGGUCCUGGAACGACAGAAGCGCAAGAGCCAGCACUGGCUCCUGCGAAAGCUGGGCCAUCGCCGUGGAGGAAAGCGGCGGCGACGGCUGAGGAAGGGAAGGAGGGAGAUCUGUUGAUGGGUGCGGAGUCGUGGCCUGCCCUUGGGGAUUCUAAGCCUAAUGAUUCGUCGGAUAUUGCGACUAAGGCGGCACCUGCUGCUAUGCCGCCACCAAGGGCGAUGCUUAACCCGGGUUUUCAACCACCUGCUGCUCCAAUUCAGGGAUCAAUGGGCAUUCGGAAAUCUGGUGGUUUUGUAAGUAACAAUUCUCCCAAGCAACAUCAUCACAAAAAUGGCCCUAGACGUAAUGGACCAGUUAAUGGUGGACCACCGCUUCCUGUACAUUUCACAUACCAACAACCAGGGCAGCCAAUGGUGUAUCCUGUUUUACAACCUCCAACUCUGAUGGUUCCUGAUUAUGCUUAUCAGUCUAAUCAUGUACCAUUUCCUAAUGUUCAACCACAUAUUGUGAAUUCGGGCGAACCUCACAUGCGGGGAUUAGUCCCAACCAGCCAACCUGGAGGAAAUGAUGGAAAUAGAAAUUUUAAGCCUCUGCAACAAGAUCCAAACAAUUGGCAUCCCAAUGUUCCAUAUGGUGGCAGACCAUAUAAUGUCCAUGAACCUCCUCAAAUGUGGAGGCGGCCUUUUGGUCCAAGAGACAGCAUAGAUAUGCCUCAUGGCAUUGGACCAAGAACUUUCUUCAGGCCUGUUCCUCAAUUUCUAGGUCAUGCACCUAGAUUUAUCAGUGGACCUGGUUUCCCUGGCCCUCCUAUGUAUUAUGUUCCUGCUUCUACUCUUGAAGUGCUGCAUGGCCCUCCUCGAUUUCCUUCACACCCUUCUCCUCCAGUCCAUCCCAAUAUGACACCAGAGACGGUAGCUUUGCAAACUAAUAUAGUAAAACAAAUUGAGUAUUAUUUCAGUGAUGAGAACUUGCAAAAGGAUCGAUACCUGAUAUCAUUACUGGAUGAGCAGGGAUGGGUUUCUAUAACCAAAAUUGCUGAUUUUAAUAGGCUCAAGAAGAUGACGACUAGUAUACCCUUGAUUCUUGAUGCUUUACGUAGCUCAAAUUUGAUAGAAAUUCAGGAUGACAACAUAAGACGGCGUGGCGAUUGGUCCAAGUGGAUUUCAGCCCCAUCUCCUGUUGUUUCUUCACAAUUUCAGUCCACACAAGGCCAAUCUCCUGUAAGGGUGAAUAUCAACAUUAAUGAAAGAAGUAAUAGUGCUCAAAUUCAUGGGACCCAUUGUGAAGAUCAAGAUGGAUAUUCAAAUUCAACACCUUUUUAUUCUACAAAAGAAUCUAAUACUUUCUCAGAGUCUAGUACAGGAAAUGUGCUUAUUAGUGUUGAAGAAGUUGAUCAAAAUGGAGAUAGAAAGAAUGAUAAGGAGAUGGACUGUAACACACUUUUGGAGGGACAGAAAGAUCCUCUUGGUGAUUGCAGAUGUACGCCUAAUAAUAACUCUAUUGUCAGCAAUGUUGAUGUUGAUUAUAUAAUUAAUGAUUCUCAAAUCUCUAACAACUUGGAGGUCAAUCUCAACUCCUGUGACAUUGGUCCAAAAUUAGACAAGGUGACAACAGAUGGUGCUGAGUAUGAUAAUGGUUUUCUUGAUAGUCCUCAUGUGUACAAUUCUCAAAGUACUUUUAUGCUUGAUGAGGAGCUUGAAUUGGAGCAUACGGCAAAUGAGAUUGAUCGUCUUUCAUUAAAUAGAAGGGUUGAUGACGAAGAGGAUGAAAUGAAUGUUAAUGAUCAAGACGUGCACAGGCUUAUAAUUGUUACACAAGAUACCAGGGUCGACAAAGAUGAUAGCACUAGCUCAGGGAAACCAGAAAUAAUAUCUAAUGAACUUGCUUCUGCUAUCAAUGAUGGUCUUUAUUUUUAUGAGCAGGAGUUGCAUGCCAAAAGAUCCGGUAAUAAUAGAAAUACCAACACAAAAAUGACUAAAUCUGGUCCCACCAAUGUAACCUCAUCCUUGCAUCUGAAGACAAACCUAAAUAUCACAAAUUAUGCCUCUGACAACGUUGGACAAGCUAACUCUCGACAGCGCCAAAAUAAAGGCGUGAACAAAUCACAUGCCUCUCAUAGGCGUCUUUUUCCAAGUAAUUUUAGAAAUCGUCAUGGAGUUGCAUCUGAGAGCCCACCAAGCAACUCGGUUGGCUUUUUCUUUGGUUCAACACCACCAGAAAAUAUCUGCUUUAUGCCUUCUAAGUUGAGUGUCUCACCACAUAAUAUUCAUCCUGGGAGCCCACCUGUGGGAUCAAUGCCAAAAUCUUUUCCACCGUUUCAGCAUCCAAGCCAUCACCUUCUAGAGAAAAAUCAAUUUAAGCAGCAAAAGUAUCUGAAGUUCCACAAACGUUGCCUUAAUGAUCGAAAGAAAUUAGGGAUUGGUUGCAGUGAGGAAAUGAAUACUCUUUACCGAUUUUGGUCAUAUUUCCUACGAGAUAUGUUCAACAAAUCAAUGUAUGAUGAAUUUUGUAAAUUUGCAAUGGAAGAUGCAAAUGCUAAUUAUAACUAUGGGCUGGAGUGUCUCUUCAGAUUUUACAGUUAUGGGUUGGAGAAACAAUUUAGGGAUGAUCUGUAUGAUGAUUUUGAACGACUCACACUUGAAUCUUACAAGAAAUGCAAUCUUUAUGGCCUUGAAAAAUACUGGGCAUUUCACCAUUAUAGAGGUCACCGCAGAACUGAUGCUCUAAGAAAGCACCCAGAGUUGGAGAGGCUUCUUCGAGAAGAAUAUCGCACUCUGGAAGAUUUCAGGGCUAAGGAAAAGGCUGGCACAGCUUCAGGAAAAGAGUGCAGCAGCAGCAGUGGUGGCUGCAACAACAAUAAGUGUGGUGGUUUUAAUGACCAUGGAGUCGUGCCAUAGGUUGAGCUGCUGCUACAGCCUUGCUUUCCCUGCUCUGCAUCAUGCAGUUUUUCAGCCUUGGCACCGUUUCCUGCAAACUUAGUUUCCAACUUGUUAGUAUGGAUUAGAGGGUCUGUACAUUUCAGAUAUAUGGAGGUUUUAAGAUCCUUGCCGCUGGUAAAUUUUGGCUGAGUCAGGAAUUCUUUCUCCAUCCCAGAUUUUGUAUAUAACGCCAAAGAUAGAAAACAUACUGUAUCUGGAAUCUUGGAAAUUGACCAAUAAUAUGGUUUAAAAUUCAGCCA